AGUGGAUAUAACGAUGUGGAUUCUCAAACGCGGCAUUUAUUCCAUGGCAGUGGACGUCAGAAAGAUGCUUCUUACUUGACAGAUGAGCAAUGCUACACUUGUAUACAUCAUUUUGAAAUAGUGGUACGACAAAAUCAUGUCAUUUUAUCUUUUCUGAAAAAAUAAUGUUUUUACAUAAAAUACAAAUUAUAGUAAGAAGGAAAUGCCAUUAUUAUUAUCGACCUACAAAUCUUUAGUUGUGAUACCGAGAAGAUACAAACAUAAAAUUCCAGACAGACUAAAAGACAUAACCAAAAGUGCAAAUCCUAAAUUUUUCGAUAGCGUAGAAUAUUACGUUCACAAAGCAUGUGCUGUUCUAGAAGAUAAGUUAAUCCUUGAUAUCCUUCAUAAAAAAGGCAACAAAAUGAAUGAAUGCGAAGUCAAAACUAUGGUUCAAGCGAUUUUAUAUUCUUUAGAACAUUGUGCUUUAGUUCUAGAAGUCACAUUUCCUUUAAAACGUGAUAAUGGUAAGUAUGAGAUGAUCAAAGGCUACAGAGCUCAACAUAGUAAACAUAUGGAGCCUUGUAAAGGAGGAUUGCGGUUUUCAGCUGAUGUAAACUCUGAUGAAGUUAGAGCGCUAUCAGCAUUAAUGACUUACAAAUGCGCUUGUGUCGGUCUUCCUUUUGGUGGAUCUAAAUCUGGAAUUAAAAUCGAUCCUAGGGCCUAUUCUGUUCCUGAACUAGAAAGAAUUACCAGAAGAUUUACUCUAGAAUUGAUGAAAAAGAAUUUUAUUGGACCAAAUUGCGACGUACCUGCCCCUGAUGCAGGUACAGGUGAGAGAGAAAUGGCUUGGCUUGCAGAUACGUAUUGGAAAACUGUUGGAUAUAAAGAUAUUAAUUAUUUUGCUGUUACUACUGGAAAACCAAUCGCAUUCGGUGGCAUUCAUGGAAGAACACCAGCUACUGGAAAAGGUAUCUAUUACGGUCUUGAUUUCUUUGUCAACCAAGAAAAAUAUAUGAAAAAACUUGGACUUUCAACUGGACUCAAAGACAAGAGAAUAAUUAUUCAAGGUUUUGGUAACGUAGGUAAAAACUCAAUGAGGUAUUUACACAGAGCUGGCGCCAAAGUAAUCGGAGUACAAGAAAGAGAUGGUAGUCUAUUUAACGAACAAGGAAUAAACCCGGAUGAUCUAGAAAACCAUCUCGUUAAAACUGGCAGCGUGAAAGGUUAUUCCAAAGCUAGUAAAUUUGAUGGCGAUUUACUAACCCACGAUUGCGAUAUUCUUCUUCCAGCGGCGACAGAAAUGGUUCUAACAUUAAAAAACGCCGACAAAAUUAAAGCUAAAAUUAUAGCUGAAGGAGCAAACGGACCUACAAGUCCAGCAGCAGACGCAAUCCUCCAAAAAAAGGGUGUACUGAUUAUCCCUGACUUCUAUUUGAAUGCCGGAGGUGUGACAGUAUCAUAUUUCGAAUGGAUUAAAAAUCUGAACCACGUCUCGUUUGGUAGAUUGAGUUUACAAUACUCAAACGAUACUAACAGGCAUAUGCUUCAAUCCAUAGAAGAUUCCUUAAAGCAAAAGAUGAGCGAUAUUUCGAUAGAGCCCAAUGAAGCUUUUUGUAAUAGAAUGAAACUUGCUGGUGAAGAGAAUAUAGUACACGCUGGUCUACAUUUCACAAUGGAAAAAACAGCUCAACGUAUCAAAGAUAUCGUUGAUAAAUAUAAUUUGGGACUGGAUUUUCGGUCAGCUGCUUAUAUACAUAGUGUAACGAGGAUUUUUAAUUCUAUUCACACAGCUGGGUUUUAGUUAAUUAUUGCAUAUGCAGAGAAAUAAAUAUGAUUUAUUUGAUUUUGUAGUAUUUUUA